AGACCUGGAUCAUGUGGAGAUGAGUAAAAUGAGGCUCAGAAGAAAAGCUGGUGGGGCCACACUCCUAACAGGUGAUGGAGCUAGUAUUCCAACUCAGGUCUGCUCAAAUCUAAAGCCCACACUUUUAACUUCUGUACUGUACUACCUCAAGAUCUCUGGGGCGCAGUGCUCCGAAUUCCCGGAAGAACAGCAGAGAAUCGCAGGAUUGUGCGGGUGGCCGCGGUUGCUGCUGCAGCGGCGGCGCUGACAGGGCACGCGCUCUAUGCCUUUCCGGCUGCUCGUCCCGUUUGGCCCGUGUGCGCUGCUGCCCCUGCACCAUGGUGCGCCCGGCCCGGAUGGCACCGCGCCCGACCCCGCCCACUACAGGGAGCGAGUCAAGGCCCUGUUCUACCACGCCUACGACAGCUACCUGGAGAAUGUUCCCUACGACGAGCUGCGACCUCUCACCUGUGACGGGCACGACACCUGGGGCAGUUUUUCUCUGACUCUUAUUGAUGCUCUGGACACCUUGUUGAUUUUAGGGAAUAUCUCAGAAUUCCAAAGAGUGGUUGAAGUGCUCCAGGACAACGUGGACUUUGAUAUUGAUGUGAACGCCUCUGUGUUUGAAACCAACAUCCGAGUGGUAGGAGGACUUCUGUCUGCUCACCUGCUAUCAAAGAGGGCUGGGGUAGAAGUGGAGGCUGGAUGGCCCUGCUCGGGACCUCUCCUGAGGAUGGCUGAGGAGGCAGCCCGGAAACUCCUCCCAGCCUUUCAGACCCCCACUGGCAUGCCAUAUGGAACGGUGAACCUGCUUCACGGCGUGAACCCGGGAGAGACUCCUGUCACCUGCACAGCAGGGAUUGGGACCUUCAUCGUGGAAUUUGCCACCCUGAGCAGCCUCACCGGUGACCCUGUGUUCGAAGACGUGGCCAGAGUGGCCCUGAUGCGCCUCUGGGAGAGCCGGUCAGAUAUUGGGCUGGUCGGCAACCACAUCGACGUGCUCACUGGCAAGUGGGUGGCCCAGGACGCGGGCAUCGGGGCUGGCGUGGACUCCUACUUUGAGUACCUGGUAAAAGGAGCCAUCCUGCUUCAGGAUAAGAAGCUCAUGGCCAUGUUCCUAGAAUAUAACAAAGCCAUUCGGAAUUACACCCGCUUUGAUGACUGGUACCUGUGGGUGCAGAUGUACAAGGGGACUGUGUCCAUGCCAGUCUUCCAGUCUCUGGAGGCCUACUGGCCUGGUCUUCAGACCCUCAUUGGGGACAUUGACAAUGCCAUGAGGACCUUCCUCAACUACUACACCGUCUGGAAGCAGUUUGGGGGGCUCCCGGAAUUCUACAACAUUCCUCAGGGAUAUACAGUGGAGAAGCGAGAGGGUUACCCGCUUCGACCAGAACUCAUUGAGAGCGCCAUGUACCUCUACCGUGCCACGGGGGACCCCACUGUCUUAGAACUCGGAAGAGAUGCCGUGGAAUCCAUCGAAAAAAUCAGCAAGGUGGAAUGUGGGUUUGCCACAAUCAAAGAUCUGCGAGACCACAAGCUUGACAACCGCAUGGAGUCUUUCUUCCUGGCCGAGACCGUGAAAUACCUCUACCUGCUGUUUGACCCGACCAACUUCAUCCACAACAAUGGCUCCACCUUCGAUGCGGUGAUAACCCCCUACGGGGAGUGCAUCCUGGGGGCCGGGGGUUACAUCUUCAACACAGAAGCGCACCCCAUCGACCCCGCUGCCCUGCACUGUUGCCGGAGGCUGAAGGAAGAGCAGUGGGAAGUGGAAGAUCUGAUGAGGGAAUUCUACUCUCUCAAACGGAAUAGGUCGAGAUUUCAGAAAAAAACUAUGAGCUCAGGGCCAUGGGAACCCCCAGCAGGGCCAGGAACAUUGUCCUCCCCUGAAAACUAUGACCGGGCAAGGGAGAAGAAGCCCGCCAAGCAGAAAAUCCCACUUCUCAGCUGCCCUAGUCAGCCCUUUACCUCAAAGUUGGCAUUACUGGGACAGGUUUUCCUAGAUUCCUCAUAACCACUGGAUGAUACUUUGUUUGUUUUUGAAACUAUAACAAUAAAUCUGCUUUUGAUGAU